GUUCCUCUGGGUUUUGACCAUCGUCCCUCACUCUGAAGGUCUGUCAACAACAGCGACAACAACAUCACUUGCAUGAUUAUUGAUGACAUCGCAGAUUCCCUCACGUAUCCAAGUGCCUCUCGACUGGUGAAAGAUCAACGCAUAGGCGCACUCUUCCGAAGUCUACCUCAAGUUUUCCUGGUUUGGUAACUUGGGCUCUUUUCUUCGGGAGGCGGGAGUGUUUAUUUUUUUUAUCUCCCUGGAUGCUGGUUCCUGUCUAGUCCUGUGGCUACCCUAUCAAGGCUAACCUUCCACGAAUUGGAAUACAGGGCAUUUUUACUCAAAAUUUCUCCCAGUGGUCAAGCUCCAUCGUCGGAAGCUCCCUGUUCUCCUCUCUGGCGGGAGGUUAGUUGAAGGCGUAGGGUUGUGGAGGUAUGACUGCGUUGGCAGGGGCAAUACCAAGGAUGAUGCGCCCCAUGCUGGCUCAGAACUACCCACACAGUGGCUUCCCACUGGAAGUUUCAACCCCGUUAGGCCAAGGUAGAAUGAACCAGCUCGGGGGAGUUUUCAUAAAUGGCAGACCUUUGCCCAACCAUAUCCGCCAUAAGAUCGUCGAAAUGGCCCACCAUGGCAUCAGGCCAUGCGUAAUCUCCCGUCAGCUUCGCGUCUCUCACGGUUGCGUUUCCAAAAUCCUCUGCCGGUACCAGGAAACCGGCUCCAUCCGACCCGGGGCCAUCGGGGGAAGCAAACCCAAGCAGGGGACGACACCUGAUGUUGAGAAGAGAAUAGAGGAGUACAAGCGUGACAACCCGGGUAUGUUUAGCUGGGAGAUUCGGGAUAAAUUACUGAUGGAUGGGAUAUGUGACCGGAACACCGUUCCAUCAGUGAGCUCUAUCAGUCGCAUCAUGAGGAGUAAAUUCGGAGGGAAGGGAGAUGACGAUGAUGAUGAAGAUGAAAUUGAGAAAAAGGAAUUAGAAGAACACGAACGGCGGGCCAAACACAGCAUCGAGGGCAUCUUAGGAGACCGUUCAAGCCACUCAGAUGAGGGGUCGGACGUGGAGUCAGAACCGGACCUGCCUCUGAAGAGGAAGCAGCGCCGCAGUAGAACCACCUUCACGGCUGAACAGUUGGAUGAGCUGGAGAGAGCCUUCGAACGAACACACUACCCUGACAUCUACACGAGGGAAGAGCUUGCUCAGAGGGCCAAACUCACGGAGGCCAGAGUACAGGUGUGGUUCAGUAACAGAAGAGCCCGGUGGAGGAAGCAGGCUGGAGCUAGUCAGCUCAUGGCCUUCAAUCACCUGAUCCCUGGGGGCUUCCCGCCCUCUGCCAUGUCCAGUCUCUCACCUUAUCAGCUGUCUGACAGCCCGUAUCCCCCUACAUCCAUAUCACAAGCGGUGUCGGAGCAGCCCAGCACCCUGCAUCGGCCCCAGCCACUGCCCCCCUCCUCAGGCCACCACCAGAGCUCAGGUGGGGGAGGGCAGGAUGUGGGGUCGGCCUACUGCCUGGCCACUGGACGCCACGGCUUCUCAGGCUACUCGGACAACUUUGUCACGUCAGGAGGCCCUCCCAACUCCCAGAACCCAUCCAACAGCAAUGGCCUCUCUUCUCAGGUGAUGGGUCUGUUGAAUCCAGGCGGGGUGCCCCACCAGCCCCAGAGUGACUACGCCCUCUCCCCCCUGACAGGAGGCCUGGAGCCCCCCGGGGGCAUGGGGGCCAGCUGCUCCCAGCGUCUGGAGCACCUCAAGGGUCUGGAGGGCCUGUCCAGUGUCCCCAACAUCCCCAGUCUCCCCUCGCUGCCCAACUCCCAGUCCUACUGCCCGUCCUCCUACAGCGCUCCUGCCUACAGCGUGGACCCUGUGGCCUCCUACCAGUAUGGGCAGUACCACGGACAAAGUAAGGUGCCCUUCAUUAUCUGAGACCUGAGAUCACCUGAGGAUCUGCCCAUCUAAGGACCCCCCCCACCCCCUCUCCACCUCUGGCCCAGCCCAGUCUCCACCUCCAGCCCAGUCUCUACCUCCGGCCCAGCCCAUUCUCCACCUCCACCUCUGUCCCAACCCAGUCUCCACCUCCACCUCCGGCCCAACCCAGUCUCCACCUCCGGCCCAGCCCAGCCCAUUCUCCACCACCACCUCCGGCCCAGCCCAGUCUCCUCUUCCGGCCAAGCCCAGUCUCCAACUCCGGCCCAGCCCAGUCUCCACCUCCACCUCCAGCCUGGUCUCGGUUGAGGGACAUGUGUACUGUACUGUAUAUGUUGAGACUGAGGGGGCUCUUCAAGUAAUCAGGACCAAAAGCUUCCUCCACUAUCCCUGGCUACCUAUUUCUUCACCCAGGCACUUCCACUCAACAAUGAUCUGUUCCUUCAGGCUUGAUGAAAGUAAUGGAAGAGAGACUAAAGUUAAAGGACAUUGAUAGAGAGGAAUUUAAGGCCCAAAUAAUGAAACACAUGAACUUAGAUUAAUGUCCGUUGAUGACUGACAGAGAUGCCACUGGGUACAUUCCCUUGGCUGUGAUGUGGUCUACCCCACAUUGGGCGCCAACUAUGACCAGGAAAACCGUGGAAGACUAAUCCACACAGACCCACAGCACAGCCCAGGAGUGGAGGCCCGGUUGGGGUAAGACAUCCUUAAGUCAGGCCUGUGGAAGAGCACAACCAGACUGUAUAGUAACAGACUCACUAGUGGCUUUAGAGCUGUGAACCUGUUUACAUGUUUGUCGUAGGGCCAAAGGAAUACAGAUUCAUUCUAUUUAUCUCUGAAUGAAAGCUACUUGAGGGAAAAAAUAACAGGCUUUUAUUUGACGUUGCAUUUAUUUGAUGUGUUUUGUUCCAGAAGAUUCCUUCCCACACAAAGAGUGAAAAGAACACAACAUUCCAGCCAUAGACGGAGGAACAAACAAACAAACAAACAAGGAAAUGUGUAGAAAAUAAACAUGUCAAUCAAAGAAAGAGGAAGCUUUGAGACAUCAUCAUAAACAGACCUGUAAUGUAUACUACAGCUGUUCCGUUCCCUUCAUUAUGUUAAAUGCUCAGUGUUCUGAAACUUUGCAUUGGACUCUCACUGUGUUCUGUUGAUAACUCUGAUCUCUUGUAGCUUCACAAGUAUCAGGGGUUCUGAUGGGUGACAGGGCUGAUCCAUUCUCAUAGAGGCCUAUUAGGGCACGUGACUCACGACCAAGAGACACAUGAGAAACCAGGACCACCUCACCACAGACCAACCCAGCUGACCAGAAGUGCAAUAUCAUGUACCUCAGAGUCAACAAUGCCACCAAACAGAUGAAACAAAAAGAUCUUGUGUCUUAAGAACUUUCUGUAAAACAUGUGAAUCAUGUUUGAGUCAUUGGUUAUUACAUGUGCCUACGUAGGCUUCGAGGUCCAAAACAAAGAAACAACAACAUUGUCAGUAUGGCUAUGACAGCAAAGCCACAAAGAAAGGUGGGAUGCACAUUGUGAACCAUUGAAGUCAUUCCAAGCCCAUGUGGAGCAGAUUGAUUCAAGGGGGAAAAAAAGAAGUAAACAAAAGAAACUUAUGAAGAAUUACAAAGCCAAAUUAUUUCAUACAUUUUUUUGCUUGUGUCUUUUUGUUUCUCUUGUUGCAAAAACGGAAAGAUCAAUAGUGUGUUGUUUUACAUCAUUUCCUUAUUUAUUCUCUCUAAAGUAUCUAAACAAUUCUGCAACAUUAUUCUUAAACUUUCUGCAACGUUUUCGUCAAAUUACUACAUCACAUACCUUAUAGGAACACCGUGUCCGCCUGUUCACUAAAUGGUAGCUGGAUGUCUCAACAGAUCAAAGGUUGCCACAAGCACUCAUCGCUCAAUUGUACAUUUGUCUGUAACAGAAAGAAAAGUGUUUUUUCUUUCCAAUGGUUUCUUUCAUUUUUAUAGAUUUUUUGUAUUAUUUGACAGAAUGAUAUGGUGCAAUGUCUUGUGUACAAGCUCAGUAUUAUUACUAUUUAUAAUAAAAAAUGAAAAUACAAUGACUAAAAAUAGUUUUAAUUUGAUUGAAAGUUACACUGUAAUUUCAAGGUAAUUUUGGUCUCAAUGCAAUCUUUGUGUAUGAAAUGUUUGUCAUCAAUGUGCAGUAAAUAAUUGACAGUGAUUCAUCGCAAUAUAAAAUACAAAAGAAUAGAGAGACAAGCAUGUAGUUUUCAAAUAAACGUAUUUAAACCCCUAAGCCCUGUGCAAAAAUAGAACCGUAAAGAGAGGUUCCUGACAUGGAGUUGGACUUGAACACAACAGCCUUUCUUAGAAACAGUACUCAAGACAUUCAAACAUCUGCACCAUCUAUUAAUGCCCACGGGCACUCUACUGUAACAAACACACGUCUGUUUCACAAAUUCUAAAUGAGAACAACCCUCAGAGCGUUUGGACAAACAGAACACCCUCCUCCCCCUCACUCUUCACCCUCGCUGCCCCUUACCCCUCUCAGGCCUUGGUCAUACACACAGGGUCUGUGUGUGUGUGUGUGUGUGUGUGUGCGCGCCACCCUGAGGAUAUUAGCCCUAAUUAAAACACUGGUCUGAUUAAUCGAGUCUCGUCUCAGCCCUUGGAGGGACUACACACUUUAUAAAUAGAGAUGUCAACAGAAAUGUUUACCCACUUUGGAUCAAUCAUACAGCUGACAUUUUUAUUGUUGAAUACGAAAUAAUUGGGCCAAUAUGAGGACACAAACGUAAACUUCCUCACACACACACACUCCCAUAAACACACAAUCCAAUAUACAAUCCUGUACAGUAUCACCAGAAAGACUGUUUGCUUUCCUAAUCAGGCAGUACCAUUAAAGAUGAAGACAAAUCGCUGUCGUUGGAAAAGUCCCAAGCAAAGCUGCGACCACAGAAAUUAGUUUUACUAAUGUACCCUCCUCGUGAACUGAAUACACCCCAGAGUCUACUUAAAACCCAAACUAGUUGAAUUAAUUGUACAACAUGUAAUGAAAGGAAAGAGAUAAAGACAAAGAGAGGUAUAUAACAUUCUUAUUUAGCCAUUUGGUUGCACUAUGAGUUGUGAGCAGUGCGUAUGGCCAUGUUAGUGGUUACCAGGGGCCCUCUGUAUCCCUCUGUCUGUUCCAUAGGGUUACACUUCGAACCUACACUAACCCCCAUCAGCAUGUGAUCUGGUAACUCACUUCACAGACAUUCACCCCCCCUGGGUCAUGUGAGCUAACAUGACCUAGAGAUCACACUGGCAGCUGCCUCUGUCACUCCGAAUCGAUGUGUGUGUGUUCGUGCUUUUGCUUCUGAGUUUGUGUGUAUGUACAACUACAGUAUUAGUGUGUUUCCGGGAGUGUAUUCCUGCAUUAUACU